GAAUUCACUUUUGACUUUUAUCUCGUCGUAAAGUCGCAGAUGUUGUCAAAACGAUUCCAUGUUCUGUUCCUGAUACGGCUUAGCACGGCCCUGCGGGAUAAAUCCCUGUUUUCGGCAACACGGCCAAUCACACAGUUAGUUAUUUUCUUAUCGAUAAUAAGGUAUCCAGAAGUGAAGUGGAGGAAGGACAAAGGACUAAGGACGCGAAUUUGUCCACAGCUGCAGCCAUGUUCACCAAAACAGAACAGAACGUCUCGGUGCUUUGAUGAGGUUGUGGCAUUCGUUACUGAUCACUCCCAUCAAAGAGCUGUAAGUCUGUAUAGAUCUAAUGCAACCUCUAUUGGCUUUAGGGGGACACCUAUUCUUGUGGAGGGGUAGAGGGGCCAGACGGGUACCUGUGGCGGCAGUAACAAACAAGUGAUUGCAUUGCACUCUCAAGAUUAUUGUAAAUAGUUCUAAUGGCAUCAAAUCUGGAGAUUCAUUCUCUGGCCAUCUGAACUAUGAAAAUUUUAUUUCAGUACAAGAGUCCACAAUUCCAUUGUCUUCCGGCAAUGUCAUAGCCUCGAGUAAUAGAUCCCACAUCUCUUCACUUGUAUCCUUGACGAGAUAACGCCUCCUCCUUUCUCACAAAUCUUUACUCGCCCACAAUCUCUUCUUCGUACUCAUUCCAUUGUCCACCAUACCACUAGAUCCUCUCCAAGAUGAAUGACCAAGAAGGCCUGGCUAUUGCCAUCGAAGAGGCAAAAACUUCUUACAAAGAGGGUGGCGUGCCGGUGAGAUCCCCCACUCUUCUAUCUUCUUCUCUACAUGCCAGGAGUGACUGCCUAAGUCUACUUUGAAUCUGACUAUGGAACUGACGGCGGUGUGUGCGGUCCCUUGAAUUGCCCUUCUUUUCCUCUCGGAAGCACGAUCAGGAGACCUACCUAAUCCAGGCGAUGCUUUGUCAAGAGUCGUGUCUCCAUUUCCGUCAGAUUUGAAACAUGCUGGAUUGUGCUCGCAUUGCUAUAGUAACCAUGCGCUGAGAAUACUGAGUAUGAUUCCAUAGAUCGGGGCCGCUUUGGUAUCAAGAGAUGGCAAACUCCUCGGCCGAGGACAUAACAUGCGCGUCCAAAGCGGAAGUGCAAUCCACCACGGCGAGACAUCAGCCCUCUACAACUCCGGUCGUCUCCCUGCCUCAGCCUACAAAGGCGCCACCAUGUACACCACACUCUCACCAUGUGACAUGUGCACAGGAGCUUGCCUUCUCUAUGGCAUCGGUAGGGUGGUCAUUGGUGAGAAUAAAACCUUCCUUGGGGGUGAGGCGUAUUUGAAGCAGAGGGGUGUGGAGGUUGUAGUAUUGGAGAAUAAGGAGUGCCAAGAUUUGAUGGAUCUGUUCAUCAAGGAGAAGCCCGAGGUUUGGAAUGAGGACAUUGGUGAGGAGGAGAGAGUUUACUCAAAAGAGGCAAAAUGA